CAUCGAUACCAUCCUUCCUUUCUUCCUCAGCUCCUUCAACAUUCUCCAUUUCUCCCUCGAUGCACCAAACACUCUCCUUCUGCAACUUCACAUGGCGGGUCAAUAUUCUCUCAGACCCAAUUCCUCUUCUCAAUCUCUUUCUCCCUCUCACACCCUUGCUUCUCGCCUGCUUCUCCUCUUAACUCUUCUUCCCUUCACUCUUGCUUGCUUUGCUUUCCUUCUCCAAUGGCGGGGCGGUCUCAACGACCCCGUUUCUCGCUGGUCACCCGACCAGCAUCAGUUCCCCGGUAUGUCCACUACGGCUCCUUCUCUUCCUUCUCAUUCUUCCAAUUCGGAUUGUGUUGAUCUUCUAGGUCGGACUCAUUCCCCUGCAUUUUCUUAUUACCGGGAUUGGAAGUUCGACUACGCUACGGAUCUGAAGCCCAAGAUUUGCAUUACAACUAGCACUUCUGCUGGUUUAGAGCAGACUUUACCCUGGAUCUUCUAUCACAAAGUCAUUGGAGUUUCGAACUUUUUCCUGUUCGUGGAAGGGAAGGCUGCCUCCCCAAAUGUGUCGAAAGUCUUAGAAACCAUUCCGGGAGUGAAAGUUAUAUACAGAACAAAAGAGCUAGAAGAGCAGCAAGCAAAGAGUCGGAUUUGGAACGAGACAUGGUUGUCAAGCUUCUUCUACAAACCAUGUAAUUAUGAAUUGUUCGUGAAGCAGUCACUAAAUAUGGAAAUGGCUAUUGUCAUGGCUAGGAAUGCUGGCAUGGAUUGGAUCAUCCAUCUGGAUACUGAUGAACUGAUGCACCCUGCGGGCACGAGGGAGUACUCAUUGAGACUAUUGCUUGCCGAUGUGCCUGCAAAUGUUGAUAUGGUUAUUUUUCCGAAUUAUGAGAGCAGUGUUGAGCGCGAUGACGUAAAAGAACCCUUCAGCGAGGUAUCAAUGUUUAAAAAGAAUUAUGACCAUCUCCCAAAAGAUGUAUACUUUGGUAAUUAUAAAGAUGCUACCCGUGGCAAUCCAAACUAUUUCUUGACAUAUGGAAAUGGAAAAUCAGCUGCUCGGAUUCGAGACCAUCUUCGUCCAAAUGGGGCACAUCGAUGGCACAAUUACAUGAAGACUCCCAAUGAGGUCAAGUUGGACGAAGCUGCUGUUCUACAUUACACAUACCCUAAAUUUACUGAUUUGACUUCAAGACGUGAUCGAUGUGGCUGCAAACCAACAAAAGAUGAUGUUAAAAGAUGCUUUAUGUUAGAAUUUGAUAGAGCUGCAUUCAUAAUUGCUUCAACUGCAACAGAGGAAGAAAUGCUUCGCUGGUAUCGUGAACGAAUUGUUUGGACUGAUAAAUCCCUGAACUUGAAACUCUUAAGAAAGGGUAUUCUGACUCGGAUUUAUGCACCUAUGGUCAUUAUUCAAGGCUUGAGGAAUUCUGGCAUUUUUAGUUCUGUAAUCUCAUCUGCUGUUCAAAAUACACUGGCCAAAGAUCAAUUCUUAUCAUCUGUUGAGAGUAGUAACUCUUCUAGACCAAUUAAAUCUCGAGUUAUAUCUUCUCGAAAGAUUGGUAUUAAUAGAGGUGGGGAUUCUCAAGCGGCUGCCAGAAGGGUCCUGGAAUUUCUGGACGAUCUCUCUGACCUUUCAGCUAUGCCACCAUUAUCUCCGCCCAGCCUCGACAAUGAUCUUCCAGUUCCAUCUACAUAAGUAUUAUCCAUCAUUAUAAAUUGUUUCCACUUCACACGGUCCUGGGUGGUGGGAUUUGGAAUUCGUCAGUCUGGGAGAGAAGGAAACCUUUAGCAAGCGGAGACUGAUAUAGGCUGCCAUGAAAAAUUUGAGUGUUUGAAUUCAUGGGGUUUUCCCGAUCACUGUCCAAGCGGCUGAUGUACAUUUUCAGGUUUAGAUUUUACGGUCUAUAGAGUUAGAAUUGUAGAGAGAGCUUGGACUUUGGAUUUAAGAUUAAUGAUUGGUUUUUUUUUUUUCUUUUUUUUUUUUCUUGGUAGCCCAAUUGGAUUUUGGAUUUAAGCUUUCAAUUGUUUGCAGAUACUUGAAAACAUUUGAGAUUCCCUCAUCUUUAUGAGGAAAAGCAGAGGAAACAAACAAUUUUACAAUUUUAAUGUAACUUAAAAGAUAUCCAAAUCCAUAUUCAUUUUA